AUGGCCUUUGCAAUAAUAUGUGGAAAUUCCCUGGUCAUAUUUUUGAUCGUUACACGCGCAAGACUUCAUGUGACGCCAAAUUGGUUCGUGUUGUCGUUAUCGAUAGCUGAUCUCUCUGUAGGACUGAUUGUGGCACCAUCAUACAUCGCUUGCACGUUCUGGAUUGAUGCCAAUUUCGAAGUGCUCGUUAUGUUCUACAACUUGCUUUUUUAUGCUUCAGUCGGGAACCUCUGCGUCAUGACUUUUGAUCGUUACAUUGCUAUCACAAGACCUCUUCGGUAUCCGUCUAUAAUGACAACUUCAAUGGCACUGCGACUGAUUGCCCUGGCGUGGGUUCUGCCCAUGAUGAUAACGCUGAUGCCUCUAUGUUGGAAGGAUCUCAAAUGGAGUUCGCCAGCUGCGCAAGAUGCACCCAACAGCACGUUUGAUGGAGCAGAGCGGGCCAAUCAAAUAUACUUAGGGAUAGUCCUGGUUUUAUUUGAAAUUCUCCCUUGUAUUGUCAUGCUUUUGACUUUUACUCAUCUAUAUUUCGUUGUUAGAAACCAAAGUCGCCGAAUAAAGGCUUUAGAAAUAGCCAUUCGCUUUAAUUUGGACACCAGAACCCAGCGAAAGAGGAAGAUUGAAAGAUCAACUGUCAACGCGUUUUUCGCUGUAAUAAUCAUGUUUGAGAUAUGUUGGGUGUUGUCGGCUUACAGGGCAUUUUGCAGUUAUUACAACGUCUGUGCAAUUUCGCUUCUUUUUGUCCAAACAUCAAGGUUAUUUCUCUUUUUCAAUUCUGUUGUGAAUUUCUUUGUAUACGCCUUGCUGAAGAGUGAUAUUCGAGAUGAGAUAAAGCAGUUGAUCAGAUUUUGAUCAAAGGUUUCAGUAGGAACAGUUACUAUACAAAAGGAAAAGCAAAGAACACUUUUACCAAAGAAACCAAGUGUUUUCAUCAUGCGCCAGCGUGCGAAAAAGAUGUUAUCUGUCCUCUUGCACGAAAUGUUUUAAUUAUCGUAAAAUCAUUUGGAGGCGGCGGUUGAUUGCACUUACUUACGCCCAAAAGAAAUUGGGCGGAGCUUGAUCCAACAAACUUAUACAGGUUCAUUAUUAAUUUGAUAAUUGUAAAGCAGUAUGUGCAUAUCGGUUUUGUUCGUACGUGACGGGGCUUUAUUAGCUAUCUAUCUAUUAGUUCUUCCAUUGUCACCUUAGUUCACUCCUAGCUCAUUCUAGCUCAUUAAACCCAGUUAUUUCAGCAUGAAGGUUGAAACAUUUCUGUAAAUUGAAAAACUUUUUGAUCACCGAUUUUAAGACAAGCAAUAUUGAAGGAGAAAAAAAAAUUGAUUCCACACGUGAGUGCAUUGUAAAAUCUCUCCCAUUAUAAAUGAGGUAGUUAGCAAAACAUGAAACAGCAAAAAACAUUCAUAGAAGUUUAUUACCGAUUUUAAUGUAAAAGCUAUAACGAGUAAAAUGUCAAGGGCUCAAAGAAAGAUUGACAUACCAAAUCCGUCUGUAUUUUUUCCUAAAAAAUUGUUUCCGAUUGAUCACGUUCAGCAGCUUAAACGCCUUUUUCUUGUCAUAGAGAGUAGUCUUUGUACCGAUAAUCAAAAAAACAACAACAACAGCAACAAACAAAAAACAAAAACAAAAAACGAAAAAAAAUUAUAUUUGUCUUCUUGCCAAGCAAAAAAAAAAUUCGCUCCAUUCAGUCUGUUCAACGUAAUUUGUUUAGCGAAGUUAUCUCCCAAGUGACAGGCUGUCUCCUCUCAUCAUUGAGGGUGAAAAGAAUUCGUUCAAGGUAACCGGAAAGUUUCGUGGGCUCCUCUUUCAAAUGAAAGGAAUCAUAUUAAGAUAUUCAAAAAGAAUAUGUGCGCAUCUCACAAUCUUGCUGCUUGCAACAAGAAGACUUAAGUUUGUGAGUAUGCCUCAAAGCAAUUUGCCUAGCCAAAAGCAAAAAAAAGAGAAUAAGAAAAAAAAAUUGUUUCUGUGUCAAUGCGUUUGACGUCUUGAUUUUAAACACCAGGCGAAUGACACGUUUUUGCUCCGUGACUGGCUUAGCUUAUCCUAUCAUUUCCGUUAGCAUAUGUAUGCAUAUCGAGCACUGUCGUAGACCUCGCUUUGCAAACAUCGGCUGAAAGACGAAAUUAUUGCUUUCUUCUGUGGUUUUUUCUUUGAACUCGAUUAAUCCACUUUACUUUUUUUCAUCAUUUACGGUGCUGUCAUACUCUUAUUAGGAACAUUUUAGCACGAUAAAGCUUAUCAGCUUUGGUAGUUAAUAACUGGAAAUGAGCAUCAAGUGAACAUUAGACAAAAGAAAUGGGAAAUUUAGCUGUUUUUGAUUUAUUAACGUGGAUGCUUUUUCCUUUUAUAACUUAUAUUUGUUAUUGAGCAAUCUGAGUUCAAAGCGGCAAAAACGUAUACAAAAGUAAACUUCAAAACUAAAAUUACCUUAUUUGCAUGUUCUUCAGAAAAUGUUGCGAGGGAAACAGCUGCUCUUACUUCCGAGGUAAUCUAAAGUUUGGAGAUAAAAAUUACAUGCGUCAACAAUUAAUGCUAAAGACUGUCUGCCGAACCAAUGAAAAGAUUGAAGCGCUAUCUAUAAGAUCUUAAUGUAUAACUUUUGCGUGGUGGUGUUGAUAUAAAAAUACACAGCCAGGAGUCGUUAGGCAUUAAAGUUCGCGUACUGUGCAUCAUAAGUGUACAGGUUAUCACGGGCUUGUUAGAUACCAGCACGCAGAGGCUUCUCUUGAUCUUAAAACGUCUGGCGACGAAAAACCGAUCCAACUUUUUUUCGGUUGUAAGAAUUAAACUGAAGUGGUCACAAAUUUUGAGUUUUAUGGAUACAAGGAACGAAUCUGUUAAUGCAACGCAGACUUCACCUGCUAAAGGCUUAAAGAAAGAUGAAGUUUGGUUUUGGAUUAUCUUGGGUUCUACUGGAGUGGUUGCCAUCCUUGGUAAUUCUAUAGUCAUAUUCUUGAUUACAACUCGUAGAAGGCUGCAAACAACCUCCAAUAGCUUCAUUCUGUCCCUCUCUUGUUCUGAUUUGUUAAUAUCCAUCACGACAAUACCGGGAGCUUUCAUUUGUGAUCGCUUUGGAGUACAGUGCUCUCUCGUAUUCUGGAACUUCUGCAAUUACUUUCUUUGUGCCUCGGUAGUGAAUGUUUGCGCGAUGGCGGGAGAUAGAUUUUGUCGAGUGGUAUUUCCUUUGCGCUAUCCCGUCUUAAUGUCUCCUAAACGAGUGACAUUAACCAUUUGUAUAGGAUGGACGCUGCCCAUAUUUCUUUACCUCAUACCAUCGCUUUGCAUUACACUGAUCUCAACUACCGAAGCCAAAGACGCCGAAAGGAUUUUCAGAGUUAUACAAAUAUUUGCGUUCGCCGUUUUACCUUGUGCUGGGCUUUUACUUGCCUUCGCCAAAAUAUCACGCAUUACCCUAAAGCAUUCAAAACGUCAUCGAGUUCAAGUGGAGCAAAUCACUAACAACUCGGCAAUUCCCCAGCGAAAUGUUAGACAAAGCAAUCGAAAGUCUUAUUCCGUUCUGGUUCUCGGCGCAGUAAUUUUCUUCUUCGUGUUAUGCUGGUCUUUCACUAUCUACAGAGGCCUUUGCAACAGCUUCUCCUUGUGCCAUGUACCGCUCACAAUGGUGUACGCUUCAAGGAUUUUUUUGGUGGGCAAUACCGCAGCUGAUCCAAUGGUAUAUGCUAUUCUUAAACAAGAUAUCAGAAGGGAGCUCAAUCUCACGUUUGCCUUCAUUAAAGGGAACAAUUUGCAAGUGCAAGAACUGAGGACGGAAACCCGAUUUGCUGGACAGUCAUUGUAUUACUAA